GUAUAGGGCCGGAGCCCACCACCGACAGCUUCACCGCUAUCAUGCACGGAGACAUGGAGGGACUCAUUCCUGGAAAUGCCCUGAUAGUAGAUCCCAACAAACCCUUCCGGAAGCUCAACCCCUUCGGAAACACCUUCCUCAACAGAUUCCAGUGUGCUCAGAUGCCCAACCAGGUUCUGGAGAGCAUCAGCAUCAUUGACACCCCGGGCAUCCUCUCCGGUGCUAAACAGAGAGUGAGUCGAGGAUAUGACUUUCCAGCAGUUCUCCGCUGGUUUGCUGAACGUGUGGACAGGAUCAUCCUUCUCUUUGAUGCUCACAAGUUGGAGAUCUCGGAUGAAUUCUCUGAGGCCAUCGGGGCUCUCAAGGGCAAUGAAGACAAACUCCGUGUUGUGCUGAACAAGGCUGAUAUGAUUGACACCCAGCAGCUCAUGCGGGUGUAUGGAGCUUUAAUGUGGUCUCUGGGGAAAGUGUUUGGUACUCCUGAGGUUCUGAGAGUGUACAUCGGAUCCUUCUGGUCUGAACCUCUUAUGGUGACCGACAAUCGCAAGCUGUUUGAGUUGGAGGAGGAAGACCUGUUUACUGAUAUCCAGAAUCUGCCACGCAACGCAGCCCUACGCAAACUUAAUGACUUGGUCAAGAGGGCCCGUCUUGUGAGGGUGCAUGCCCAUAUCAUCAGUUACUUGAAGCAAGAGAUGCCGUCUGUCUUCAGGAAGGACAAUAAGAAGAAGAACCUGAUCUACCAGCUCCCGGUCAUCUUCUCCAAGAUUCAGCUACAGCAUCAUAUCUCUCCUGGAGACUUCCCUGAUUGUGCCAAGAUGCAGGAACAGCUAAUGGCACAUGACUUCACCAAGUUCAAAGCCCUGAAGCCCAACCUGAUGGCUAUGCUGGAUGAGUUGUUGUCUACUGAUAUUGCCAAACUCAUGCCCCUUCUUAGGCAGGAAGAAAUAGAGGCUGGGGUCCAACUUGGGGUCCAAGGUGGGGCUUUCUUGGGAUCCCGUGCCGGACCCUUUGUGGAAGGCGACCCCUUUGGCGAGAAUGCGGCUGAAAAUGGUGAAGUGGGUGAGGAGGAUGAGGAAUGGGUGGUGACAAAGGACAAGCCCAAGUAUGAUGAGAUCUUCUACAACCUAGUGCCGAACGAAGGCAAACUAAGUGGCACCAAGGCCAAAGAUUGGAUGGUGAGCACACGGCUGCCAAACUCUGUGUUGGGCCGCAUCUGGAAGCUCUCGGAUGUGGAUCGCGACGGCAUGCUGGAUGAUGAGGAGUUUGCUCUGGCCAGCCAUCUGAUUGAAGUGAAACUGGAGGGUCACGGGCUGCCCCCUGAGCUGCCUGCCCGUCUCGUACCUCCAUCCAAACGCCGACAAAAAGGCUCUGAUGCUUAGACAAUUCGCCCACGUGGCUUCCAAUGAUCCUUGUCUGCACUUCCUGCAUUCUGUCCAGCUCCACAGCAGCUGCAGUGCAUCUCCGUUCACUGUAUUUUCGUGUCAUUUUGUACUCUGGUCAUUUUGUAACAUGCAAUUAAUCUCUUACUUUGUAUUCUUGGUUCAAAUGCAAUGAUUCCCAGCUGGAAGCCAAAGAGUGUUGUGAUAAACCAAAGACUGGUCUCAGUAAUUUGGAAAGAAUGUUGCAUCUGUCACCAUUCUUUUCCUGACGGUAAAAUCAUAUGACAUCGCAUCCAGAAAUGCUACACAAUUAUAAUGGCUCCCAAACUAAGGGAUAGCAAGACAAAAAAAAAAAAAAGACUCUU